ACCUCUCGAAAAGCUUCUCUUAUCGCGAUAAUGCAUUUUGUUUGGAUUAUUCCGCUACUUUCACUACUUUGUAAGCUCUCACUAGCGAAUUCUUCCGUAAAUUGCGGCAAACAGCAGAUUCGCACGCAGAAUUUGAUCGUGAAUGGAUUCUCCACGUACGCGGGACAAUUUCCGUGGCACGCCGCCCUGUAUCACAGGACUUCCGCGACUUCGUUGGAAUACGUCUGCGGAGGUAGUCUUAUCAGCGAUACUUUUGUUGUGACGGCCGCUCACUGUGUACAGGAUGGGAGUCGUGAAAUGAAUACGAAACGAGUUGUGAUUUUUUUGGGACUGCACGAUCGAAACGACUUGGACCCAGCCAUGUUUCAGCAGCUUUUGGUGCUGGAAAUCUACACGGUGUCGGGUGGUCGCUGGGCAAAGCUGAGGAAUGACAUUGCUUUGCUGGAACUUCGAAGCAAGGUACGGUACACGGACUUUGUUCAGCCAAUUUGUAUAGCAGCUUCGGAAGUUCCCGUUGAAACAGUUGGCAUCGUUGCUGGAUGGGGGAUGACGGAAGACGGUUAUCUAUCCCAGGAAUUGAAGAGUUCCCGCAUGCCAAUAGUGCGAAUGAUCGACUGUCUGAUGAGCGAUCGCGAUUCGUUUGGCCAUUCGUUGGACUCUGGAAUGAUUUGCGCUGGGUAUCUGAAUGGUACUGCUGUAUGUAACGGCGACAGUGGAAGUGGACUGAUAGCCGAACUUGAAAAUGGCACGUGGUUCUUGGUUGGGAUUGUGUCCUUUACUGCCCGCAGUAGGAACGGCACCAUCUGCAGUCCUAGCGGAUACGGAGUGUUCGUAGACGUUCAGGUGUAUCUUCCAUGGAUCAGGAACGUUACGGAGAGGUCAUUUAGCGAACAUGAAUCGCUGAUUGGCAGUUUUGCGUCAAACGCCUCUUCCAAAAUUCGAAUUGAAGAACUUCAAACAUUUCCCACGACAACACCGAACUCAGCUGAGGACAUUUUCCUACAUGAUGGUGAAUGUGGACGCAAACGAGUUGAGCUUUUACCCAUGUUGGAGAAAGUCGACUCGAAAAGUGGCCGUUGGCCCUGGCACGGAGCGUUCUACCGGAAUGAUGGCAAAACUAACUUCUUCUGGUACCUUUGUGGGGUUACCAUUUUGACGAACAAGUUUACGGUGUCAGCAAAAUAUUGUAUUUUUAACAAAAAACCUGCAAAUAAGCAAAUCAAAUAUUACGUGAUGUUUGAACAGUUCCAGGAUCCCAUCGAUGCAGCAGCGGACAACUCCAGCGGACGGAAAGUAGCAGCGGACCAGACUUCGGGUUAA